AUGCCAGGACCUCCCUUGGAGAAGAACAGAAGUUGUAUGUAUUCUGCAGUUUCUGCGAGGAGUGAGGCAUCUAGCGAUGACACUCGGCCGCUGGUUCCGACGCCAAGUCACGAUCACCGUCCACCCGUGGAGGAUGAUUAUGAUGUGGUGGAGGCUGCGAGGCACUUUGCAUCGCAGCGCUCGGCAGAUCCCAAGCAGCAGCAGCGAGAGGACUUGCAGUCCAUGAUUGAGAUGAAGGAGUCGCAGGUGAAGCAGCUUCAGAGGACCUCCAAGAAGCCGCACACCAAGCUGGAGCUUCGCAUGCACUACGCGAAGGUCUGCGAUGAGAUCGAAACAGAGGUUGCCGAGCUGCGGAAGUCUUUGGCGGUGCUUGGCUGA